UUUAACUGAGCCGCCCCUCCUGACAGGAGCUGAAGCGGCCGCGCAGCUCGUUCCCCGUCUCCCUCCCCCCUUCCCUUUUCCAGCUGCUUUCCGGGGAUCCCCGCUGCCAUGUCCCAAAAACAAGACGACGAGAACCCCGCGGAGGAGACCGGUGAGGAGAAGCAGGACACACAGGAGAAAGAAGGCAUUCUUCCUGAGAGAGCCGAGGAGGCAAAGCUUAAGGCCAAAUAUCCCAGCUUAGGACAAAAGCCUGGCGGCUCCGACUUCCUCAUGAAGAGACUCCAGAAAGGGCAAAAGUACUUUGACUCAGGAGACUACAACAUGGCCAAAGCCAAGAUGAAGAAUAAGCAGCUGCCCAGUGCAGGACCAGACAAGAAUCUGGUGACCGGCGACCACAUCCCCACCCCACAGGACCUACCCCAGCGGAAGUCUUCUCUCGUCACCAGCAAGCUUGCGGGCGGCCAAGUUGAAUGAUGCUGCCUGGGGCUCCGCCAGAUCCUGAGAUGUUGCCCCCCGCUCCUGUGCUGGCUCCUGUCCCCCUCCCUCGUUUUUUGCAGCCAGGGGUUAGGUGGUGGCAUAGGCCCGGGCUGGGGGAGGUGAGACCCCUUCUUUUGGUGCCCCGGCCCAUGGAGGCCCUGGGGCUGAGCACCAAGACCUCAAACCGUUUUUGUUUUGCCUUUUUUCCCAAUUAACUGUCUGGUGAAACCUCAGUGCAACUCUGGGAUGGGUGGGGGGGUGGCAGGAGAGGGUGGGGCUGUUGAGGAGGAGGCACUUGGCCUCGGAGGUGAAACAUUCCUGACUCCUCAGCCUCAGCUGCCUUUAGGGGCUGGGGCCUGGGGACUAGACGGAAGAUGAACCCUCAAGUUGAGCUCUGUUUGCUUGGCUCUGCCUGUAACCUGGUGUCAGGGAAAGGAAUUGUCCGGUGAAAUACGACGCAGACAGGUGCCAACAAACAGCUCCUCUGGUUCUGCAGAGCGAGUGGAGAACUCAAUGUUAACUGUUCAUUAAAACAAAGCGUUGACCUUGAAAGAGAUUUGCUGUGGGGAGAAGGGCAAGGGGUAGUGAUGGGGGAACGGGGCCAUGAGCGUGGGAAGCCCCACAGAGCCCAGGGGGACUUUUGCAGUUUUGGAAAUAAAAAAAAAAAAAAAAAAAAAAAAGACCUGCAUCAAAACCUGGCUCAGAAAAAUUCUGAA